GGGCAGGCGGCGGCGGAGGAGGAGUGGGAAGUGAGGCGUUGUCACCGCGGCCGGCUGCGGAGGCGGGCGACCUGCUAGACACGCCCCUCAGUGCCUACCUGGUGCGGCAGGAGGUGUUCGGGGCCAAGCCGCCGGGAGUGUACCGGCCCCAGGACCUGGACUACCUGCUCAUCGGCGCCAUCAUCGAGAACCUCGCGGGAGGGCCGUACGACACCUACGUACGGGAAACCCUGUUGGAUCCGCUGGGUGUACGGCUGCCGCCGCAACCGCAGCUGCUGGUGUCCGGGGCCGUCGCCGGCGGCUUCGUUGACCCACGGGUCACUCCUGGCGGCUCGGCGGGGCUGCUAGAUCCGCAGGCCACUGGGUCGGAUGUGUGGGUGCAUGUACGGCAGUCGCGGUUACGGAGGGCGCAGGCGGCGGCGGCGAGGGAGGCGGAGGCGGAGGGCGGGCGGAGAGGCGGGGAUGAGGACCUUCUCAUCGGCGCGAGUCCUGGGAGCGAUAAAAGGGUGCUCUACCGCUACCCGCCCGCCCCGCUGAGCCCGGUGGGGGGGCUGGUGCUCACCGCUGCAGAUGCGGGUCGCCUGCUGGCCUUGCUGGUGCAGAGCCCGGCAGCAGCGGGGGGCGGCGGUGGCGGAGGGGAGGAGGAGGGGGCGCAGGGGCAGGGGCAGGGCGGAGGCGGGGGCAGGUCCAUACUGUCUGCUGUGUCCGAGAUACGGCUCUCAGAUUUCAUAAAGGACGUGGGAGUUGCCUACGGCGGCCUGGUCUCACUGGGUCUGGGCCGCUGCGGAGACGCCGUGGUGGCCAUCGAGAGCCCCCCGCCUCCCCCGAGCACACGGGAGGUGGCACUGGGAGGAGCAGCAGCGGCGCAGCAGCGGAGGGAGACGGGGGGCGAUGGAGGAGGUGGAGGUGGAGGUGGUGGCGGUACGGAAGGGUGGGAGUGCUCCGUUCGAACUCCCUCGCUGCUGCUGCUGGCGCCGGAGAGCGGGUUGGCGCUGCUGGUGGGGUGCAACGUGGCGGGGCCGGAGGGGACAGCGUUCUGCCGGAAG